GUUAGUGUCGAUGUCGUCCUCGCAGUUUCCGGGACCGUAGUUGUUCUCUCUUUCUUCCCCGUUAUAUCCCGCCGUACUGGGGGUGAUGGUGAAGGGGAUGGCGGGGAGUGUGGCCGCCCCCGGAGCUGUACUGACAGGCUGCAAGUGUUAACAGACCCGCUGCCGUCUAUGGAGAGGUUCAGCCGCCGGCCAAAUGCAUUCUGUAGAGAACAACUGCAACCAUGACGUCUCCAGGUUGAGUGAAGGAUCCAGCUCCAUCUACAUGUGUAAGCUGUGCAACCUCUUCUCUCCCAGUCACUCGGAGCUGCUGUUACAUGUUACCGAAAAUCACACCAAAGAAGGUCUGAGCCCCGACCACAUCAUCAUCCCCCUGAGACCCCUGGCACCAUCUAGCAGGAGCGCAGAAGAAUUGUGUGUUGUGAAGAGAAAAAGAGGACGCCCGAAAGGUUCCACAAAGAAAUCCAUUGCUGAGGAGGAGCCCACAGAGAGUAAUGGAAGCCUUCCUAAAGAGGACGCCGAGGAGGGACGCCUGUCCCCAGAGCCCGUCCCUGACAGUUUGGACUGCCGAAAAUGCAGCCGAACAUUCUCCAACAUCCGACAGCUGAAGAAACACAUCUGCAUCAUUGUGUUUAAUGACGACGAAGAUGUCACUCAGGGCAAUGACUUCGAAGGGAAGUUUAUUCUGCCAGAUAAUGAAAAGGAGAAGGAAAAACAGCCAAAGAGAUCGCGCCUGCAAAAAAUGGAGAAAGCGCCGCAGACGAAAGAUGCUGAGAAGACCCAAGGGGUGAAUCCCAUUGUCAGCGUCCUGCUCACGGCUCAUGAGGCAAUUCCAGGAGCAACCAAAAUAGUCCCCAUAGAAGCAGCAGCUCCAGCAGUGGAACCCGAAGUUAACUUGCAGGCGACUGAUCCAGAGCAGAGGAAAGGAUACCAGGAAUAUGCAAUUCCGCAAGUCCCUCAGGAACAGGCCGCUCACUCCAGCAGGAUAGGUCCAAACCAGCUAAAAAUAUUCACUUGCGAAUAUUGCAAUAAGGUCUUCAAAUUCAAGCACUCCCUACAGGCCCACCUGCGAAUUCACACCAAUGAGAAACCCUACAAGUGCCCCCUGUGUAACUACGCCAGCGCCAUUAAAGCCAACCUUAGCGUCCACAUGCGAAAGCACACGGGAGAGAAGUUCAGCUGCGACCAUUGCUCCUUCAGCUGUCUCAGUAAAGGUCACCUCAAGGUUCACGUGGAGCGCGUCCACAAGAAGAUCAAGCAGCACUGCCGAUUCUGCAAGAAAAAGUACUCCGACGUGAAGAAUCUCAUCAAACACAUGAAAGAAAUGCACGACCUGCUGGACCAGAAGGUGAAGGACAACUUUGACGAGCUAAGGUUACUGACCCGAGAAGGGAAGAGACAGCUCUUGUACGACUGUCACAUCUGCGAGCGCAAGUUCAAAAAUGAGCUGGAAAGAGACAGGCACAUGCUGGUACAUGGGGACGAGAGACCGUUCGCUUGCGAGCUUUGCGACCACGGAGCCACUAAGUAUCAGUCCCUCGAGCUUCACAUACGAAAACACCCCUUUGUCUACGUCUGCUGCAAAUGUUUCAAAAAGUUUGUCAGCACCGUCAGGUUAAAAUCCCACAUUAAGGAGUUUCACCCCGAUGUUCAGGAGGACUUGAUCUUUAGUAAUUCCAUAAAUCAGAGUUUUUGUCUCCUGGAGCCCGGGAGUGACAUCCAGCAAGAGGCGUUGGGUGAUGUAGACGGUGAAGCUCAGAUAGACUAUAAUGCACCCUCUUCUGUUCCCAAAACGGGCAUACAGGAGAACACUAUGGAAUCAUCUCAGAACCUGAAGGCUCACAGUGAAGGUUUAGUAUCGGGACAACCAUCCCAGUUGCUGGAACACGAGCAACCAAGGGGUUUAUCGGAUUGUCCAGUCUCAAAGCUGGCGGACUCUCCGGACAUGUCCUCGGAAGUUUCAGGUGAAGAUCUUCUGCAAGGUUUGACUGAGAAGGAAAAUAAUAAUCUAUACGCUAAUCUUGGAAACGUACAAAGCGAACGUCACGUAUCUGGAGCCGUUGGUCAUGUGACAAGUGUCAGACCCGUAACACUAGAAACUUUGGCUGAACAGAUUGCGUAUGAAGGCAAACGAGGCCCGGAGGAAACCACCAUAGAGGCAGCAGACACUGGGCUUCUUCUUCCUCCUCCUUCUGCGAACCCAGUGCCGGCGAACUCUGGAGAGAUGGCUGCGUUCAUGACCAUCUUAAACGGACUGCACAAGAGGCAGCUGACUGUGGCGUUGUUUCAGAAGAUCAGAAAGAUUUAUGGGGAACUGGAGUGUGAAUACUGUGGUAAGCUCUUCUGGUAUCAGGUCCACUAUGACAUGCAUGUCCGGACACACACGCGGGAGCACCUCUACUACUGCUCUCAGUGCAGCUACUCCUCCAUCACCAAGAACUGCCUGAAACGCCACGUCAUCCAGAAGCACAGCAACAUGUCCAUGAAGUGUCCGGCCCCAGGCUGCAGCUACUCCAGUCCUGACAAAUACAAGCUUCAAGCCCAUCUGAAAGUCCAUGCUGAGCUUGACAAAAAGACGUAUUCCUGCCCUGCCUGCGAAAAGUCCUUUUCCGACGAUCGUCUUAUUAAAUCUCACAUAAAGGCAAAUCAUCCCGAGGUUUCAGCAAACCUAAUUUCUGAAGUCCUUGGUCGCAAAGUUCAGCUAAAAGGCCUAAUAGGAAAGAGAGCAGCUAAGUGCCCAUAUUGUGACUCCUACUUCAUGAAGAAUGGGUCUGAUCUGCAGCGUCAUAUAUGGGCCCAUGAAGGUCUGAAGCCUUUUAAGUGCACAGUGUGUGACUACGCCACCCGCAGCAAGAGUAACCUGAAGGCGCACAUGAACCGGCACAGCACGGAGAAGACACAUCUCUGCGACAUGUGCGGCAAAAAGUUCAAGACCAAAGGGACCCUGAAGAGUCACAAACUCCUCCACACGGCAGACGGGAAACAAUUCAAAUGCACAAUAUGUGAGUUUACUGCAGUCCAGAAGCCGCAUCUUCUCCGACACAUGGAACAACAUACCUCGUUCAAGCCCUUCGGUUGUGCCUUAUGCCAUUAUUCCUGUAAUAUUCCUGGCUCUCUGAAGAGACAUUACAACAAAAAGCAUCCGAAUGAGGAGUGCGUCAACUCCGGGACGGGAGAAGUCUCCUCCGAAGCCCUCGUCCUACAAGGUGGGAUAAAGUGUCCCGUGUGCAGCUUUGUCUACGGCACCAAGUGGGAAUUCAACAGACAUCUUAAGAGCAAGCAUGGCCUCAAACUGGUGGAGAAUGACAAAGACGCUGCAUGGGAGCAGUCGGAUGUGACCGAGGAGGUCUCUACCCAGUUCCUUCAUAUCACUGAAGCUGAAGCAGAUGUUCAGGGAACGCAGACAGCUGUGGCCGCUCUCCAGGAUCUCAGUUAUACCUCGGAAACCAGUGACAAGCUGGACCCCACGGCUGUGAACAUACUCCAGCAGAUCAUAGAGUUGGGGUCGGAAUCCCACGACGCUGUCGCCUCGGUGGUCGCUAUGGCUCCUGGGACUUUAACGGUAGUGGAGCAGGUGACUGAAGAAGAGCGCUCAGCCAAUCACGCGGUAAUGAUACAGGAAGCUCUACAGCAGGCCUCGGGGUUGGGAGAACAGCACCACCUGGUGGUUUCCUCAGACGAUGUUGAAGGCAUCGAAACUGUGACUGUGUAUACACAAGGAGAAGAGACUUCAGAGUUCAUUGUCUACGUACAGGAAGCCAUGCAACCUGUUACCGAUGGUACAAUGGGGCACAUCCUGCAAGAAAUCUAGCACUGCCCAUAGAACAUUGGUCUCAAACUGAGGCCCUCCAGAUGUUGCAAAACUUCAACUCCCAGCAUGCCCGGACAGCCAACGGCUGUCCGGGCAUGCUGGGAGUUGAAGUUUUGCAAAAGGGAAGCCUUGAUUUACCUUUCAUGAUCAGUGUGGAUCCUCUGGAGGAGGCAGACAGGUGUUUGGCUUUCCGGGCAGGCUGGGAGUUGAAGUUUUGCAACAUCUGGAGGGCCACAGUUUGAGACCACUGAUAUAGAACAUACACCAUGGUGUCCAUCAAUCUACCAUUAAAGGGGUAUUUUAGGCAAAAACUUUUUUUUAUAUAUCAACUGGCUCCGGAAAGUUAAACAGAUUAAAAAAUCUUAAUCCUUCCAAUCCUUAUUAGCUUCUGAAGUUGAGUUGCUGUUUUCUGUCUAACUGCUUUCUGAUGACUCACGUCCCGGGAGCUGUGCAGUUCCUAUGGGGAUAUUCUCCCAUCAUGCACAGCUCCCGGGACGUGACAUCAUCAUUGAGCAGUUAGACAGAAAACUUCAGAAGCUAAUAACUAUUGGAAGGAUUAAGAUUUUUUAAUAGAAGUAAUUUACAAAUCUGUUUACCUUUCCGGAGCCAGUUGAUAUAUAUAUAUAAAAAAAGGUUUUGCCUGGAAUACCCCUUUAAAGCCUCAGCCCUACCUUAUAGACUCUUAUAAAGUAAAGACCAUUUAUCCUGAAUUCGACAUCGCCAUCAGCAUCUACUUUACGACUACCCCAAAGAUGAUCAGUUUCUGCAUCGGAAAUGAGAUUUAUUUUUUAUUUUGAGCAAUAACUGUAUAAAAUUCAUUUUGUUUUUAGUUUGGAAUCGAUUCUGGGAAAUGUUUACAUAGAAUAAACUGUGUAUUUUGCCUGGA